GCGGGGCGGACCGCGGCGCGGGGCGGGGGCCGCCAGCCAUUGUAUGCAUGCAGGCGGUCACACACACUGAUCGGCAGUGCGCUUCGAUCCGGGCGCGGGAUUUUACCGCUUUCGCUACUUGCAUUUAUAUCUUACACCUUGAGUGCUAUUUCAUCAAGUUUAAUUCAUUAUGACUGAGAAUCAGACCGAAAGACUUAUACAAUUAGUGCAAGCGCACCCGUGUUUAUAUAAUAGACGUGACAAAGAUUAUAGAAACACCAUCAGAAAAGAUUAUAUCUGGGACAAGAUUGCGAAGGAACUGCAACAAAACCGCGAAACCGCUAAAGGAAAAUGGAAGAACUUGAAAGAUGGUUAUACCAAAUUCAAAAAGCAAAACAAGGUUACAACGAGUCAACAACGAUACGCCAAUUGGGUUUGGGGUCCCUAUCUUGAAUUUCUGGACUUCACCCUCAAAGACUCGAGCCGUAAAAUGAGAGUUGAUGUCGACGUUGUUAAGAGUGAGACGGUGUGCUGGCCAGAGGUUGAGACGUCAAUGCAUUCUUCAUCCAGAUCCCCGCCUUCGAAUGCUUCACCCCAGUUCGUUACUGCUGACGUGGACUUCUUUGCGCCGUCUUCGCCCCACUCCGACGACGGGUCCAAAAAAAGAAGAUUGGGCUCACAAGAUGAAGAGAACCACGAUUUGGAUUAUUUAAAACAGAAAAACUACGACGCCGUGGAUUAUCUGUUCACAAGCUACGCGGAAACUUUCAGAAAGCUCAAACCUAGGACCCAAGCUGAAGUUAAAAUGAAAUUGGCGCAAGUUUUUGCAGAAGCCGAAAUAAAAGACUUAGACUGAAAUUCAAAUUGCUAGUUGUUAACCUAAAAUACCUAUUUUAUUUGAAUGUGAUUGUAUUAUGUUAUUAUCAAACCUCUAAACUCUAAACUAAUUCCAAAGCUAACUUUUAGCCGACUA